GUGUUCCCGCGUGGCGGCGCCCCUGUACGCGCCUGAUCGGUGGCGAUCGCGGAAUGGGAUUCCAAUAUGGCAGCGGUCGUGACAGCAGCACAAGUCAGUGUCGCGGAAAUGUUUUGAACUCGCUGAGCAGGCAACCGCGACAACCGGUCGACGUGCGACGCAUAGGUCAGUAGGACGACGUGUAAACGCGUCGGCCGUGUCUCAUGUCGGGCGAUCCGUCGGUUCGUGUCAAGAAUAGCGAAGCGGGCCGUCACUCGCGGGACGGCUCGCGACUUCCCCUUGCUGCCGCGCGCGCGGAUGUGCACGCUCGCCGCGAUCGCGAGAUCAAUCGCACCGAUAUGCUGGCAUAGGUUACACCCGACCGGUGCUCGCCCGGGCGCGCCGGCCGCGACGUACGGAGCGUUCGGCGCGUGCGACGACGCUUCCGCGCCGCUUACUUACGCGGCUACCGCGGUUCCCGUCCUUCAUAACGCGCGACGCCGCGUCGCGCUACGCCUCACCGCACCGCGUCCCGAUCCGCAUUGUGUACAUUUACGACGUGCGUGUUGCGUUAUUAUUUCCCUCUCUGCCAAUCGCACCGACUUGUGCGCGGACUCUCGCUCCCGCUGCUCUCCCGCCCCGAGCGCGUCGCCUCUGCGUCAGGCGUGUCUGGUUGGAGAAUACCAGCCGCGAAGCGUGUUGUGCUUAACGGCACUAUUAGAAUAGUAGACUAGUUAAAGCUUAAUUAUCUGCUAAUUGCGUUCCGGGAAAGUCGGGGGAUUCUGGAAGGGACUUGAAGCAACGAUGGGGAAGCAGAACAGUAAGCUGAAGCCGGAAGUGCUGGAGGACCUCAAACAGAAUACAGAGUUCUCAGAUGCGGAGAUCCAGGAGUGGUAUAAGGGAUUCCUAAAGGAUUGUCCCAGCGGGCACCUCAGCGUGGAAGAGUUUAAGAAGAUAUACGGAAAUUUUUUCCCUUAUGGGGACGCGUCAAAGUUUGCGGAGCACGUAUUCAGGACAUUCGACUCUAACGGCGACGGCACGAUCGAUUUUCGGGAAUUUCUCUGCGCCCUCAGCGUGACGUCCCGCGGCAAGUUGGAGCAGAAGUUAAAGUGGGCCUUCAGCAUGUAUGACCUGGAUGGCAACGGUUACAUCUCGCGACAAGAAAUGCUGGAGAUCGUAACGGCGAUCUACAAAAUGGUAGGUUCCGUGAUGAAGAUGCCCGAGGACGAGUCGACACCGGAGAAAAGAACUGACAAGAUAUUCCGGCAGAUGGAUAAGAACAAGGACGGCAAACUAUCGCUUGACGAGUUUAUAGAGGGUGCGAAAAGCGACCCGUCUAUCGUGCGACUGUUGCAGUGCGAUCCUAGUGCACAAGCUCAGUGAGGCCCUGGGCCAACACAGACAAAUACUGCUAUGCCAUCCGCAUAGCCGAAUCGGAGUCCGGCCCAAUUAGUAAGCCGUGCAGAAGCGACGCGAUCGUAAAAAUUUACCCGCCUUAUGUCCAGUGGGGGUUCACUGAAGAAACUGUUGAAACGUUAUCUUCUCUUAUCUCGUUUUUUUUUAUUUUAAUAAAUUAUGUGAGGAGUUAUAUAACAUAAUUAUUAUAUAAUAACAAGAUUGUGUAAAGUUUAAAAAAACGUGUAAUAACUGCAAUAUUUAUGCACAUCAAAAAUUUAUAAUGAUAAGAUGCAUAAGGGUGUGGAUAACUUAUUCACCAAUAAUUUCAAAGUUAUUCAAAGCAAAAUUAUUCAUUAUCGUUAUGGAAAUAAUUUUGCUUCGCGUUUUAUUCGUGGACAAUAUUAAUGCAUUCAAUGGAGAUUAGAUAAGUAAACGCUUACGUGUCUUGGCAAUUAGAUCACAUUCGACACGAAGGAUAAUAGAGAUUUAAAUUCAAGACACUGUGUUACGUGUAGUUCGCUUUAUGAUUAAGAAUUAUAUGCUUAGCGAGAUAUUUUAACAACGAUAAGUUAAGUAUUACUUGUCAGUAAAUGAUCAAACGCUAUCGUUUCUGCGGAUCUGCAGUGUAAAAAAAUGAUUAUCUGAAGUUAAUACGCUCGCUCAAGCAUUGUUAUCUCGAUAUGUGAUGAUAGUAAUAAGUUUUAAGAGGUCGUGCUCAUUAAAAGAUAAUGUUUCCGCGGUUUCUUACGGAUAUUCCACGAUCGCGUGUACGUGCUAUCUGCGUAGAUGCGUGCAGGAGGUGGUGGGCUUCUAUGAAUUGGGCCGGUAACUCCGAGACAGGUCCAGGGUCACUGGGCCCAUGGCGCUUGCGCAUACCGCAAGCUAGUCGACAAGACUAGUCCAGUCGCUCCGUUUCGUUGACGGAUCGGUUUAGCGAGAAGCUUGUUACGCCUUUUCGAGUCGUGCUAACGCUGCGUGCGCUACGUACGAACGACAACCCGCAGAUUCGUCCCCCCCCGCGUUCUGAGACUCUUGGCGCAAGAGAAAGAGACAGGAAGUCGGUCCGCGUUGCUGCGCUCGCGAGCGAGAGCGACUCUGACAUCCGACGUUGCGUUGACGCACCAUCGAUGAACUUCGAUGGCCGUGAAUCGGUCACCUGCCGCUUCCCAUAGGGCGUUUGUAAUUGCGUGAGACGAUCAGCGAGAUUCUAAAAUACUCUGUGUUCGUAGUACCCGUGAUUUUCGGUUGCGCGGCGGACGAAGGCUUCUCCGACGGCGCGACGACGGGAUUUCCGAGUUUCCUCGUCCUCGUCGCUCUCUGGACGGAGGAGGGAACUCGCGAUGGGCGAACGCGUUACGCAUCGCAGGCGCAUCCUUGUACAUACGCGCGAGAUCGUAUCGCGUAUGCGUCGGCGCAUCCUCGGGCUGCCGUCGCAAGGGAAUCGAGGGUAUCCCGCUCUCGCGCGCGCGCCGUGGUCGCCGUCCUCGCGCGUCGCCGCGUUCGCUCUGCCCUGGUAUCCAAUACCCGGGUCGGACGGAUCGUUUACUCCCUCGAGGACGCACGGUAUCGCACAUCUCACGCCCUCAUGGAACCACCGCGAGUAUCUUCACCAUCCACCAGUAUGGACUGACCGGAAAAAGACUCACAGGAGACUCACACCGCGUGGCGUCUUACUGCGCGCGCUAGCAACGAAAAAAAAAGAAGAAACUUAGUCGUUAGAAAUCCCGCGAAGGGAGCAAAGGUCACCGCGAAAAUCGAGAUCUCCGCGUCGGUGAGACGCACCUGCUAAUUAGACGCGCUUGUAGAGACCGAGCUAGAGCUUGACUUAGCGAAAGGGUUGAUGCGACUGCGAAGCGCAUGGUCGGAUUCGCUGCCCUCCCGUCGAAGGUGCUGCGAGAAGAAAUACUCGAUUCCGAUAUUGAUACGUCGUCGGCGUAGAAAGAAGCGAUCAAUCCUUUAUUUCGUCGCGACGCUUCUCGAUUUACCGCGCACGAUUUUAGCAAUGAAGAGAGCUACUCGCAGAGCUGUGCGAUCGUUUCGUGAAGAGUUCGUCCUUUACCGUGGCCGUUAUCCGUCUCGUCGUCGUUUUGCCAUUUCUGGUGACCUUUGUCGUUACGGCGGUACAGUAGGAUGAACGUAAUCGUACUCGGAUAGCAUGAAGGUCCGCCUCUUCCCAAUCUCGCUAAGGGGAGCGAAAAAGGGCACAUCCUUGCCGAUCAGAGAGCGACUGGUCCUCAGCUUUAGCGGAGGCUUCGCGCUUCGCCGAGCGACUGACGGAUAAAAAAGAAGAAACCUCACGCGCUCACGCGCGUGCCGUAUUUAGAGAUUUAUUUUUGUGAAAGCGUGCGUCCUGUGCGUACUGUGAGCGUGUAAAUGUGCGAGUAUAUCUGUUCUGUGCGUAUGGCGCGUGUCCCGUGUAGGGAAGCGUGAACGCGAGAGAAAGGAACAGAAAAAGAAGAGAUGGCUCGAGGUGCGAGCCUUAUCGCCCCCGUCGUCCGAUUAGUAUUGAUCGAGUAUUGAUCGAUCGAUCGCGAUAAUUAUACAUACAUAAAUAUACAUAUUAUACAUACGAUUAUAUAUAUUAAUGAUGAAAAUAUAGAGAGUGGCAAGAAAUCGCAUGUCGCGAUCUUCGCCCGCGCGAAUCAUACACGCAGCAGCAGCAACAGUAGAGUUUCGCGAUUUGCGGCGAUAUGUUGGCUACUGCGCGAUCGGACGGUCGAGUUUAAUCAAUUACAGGAACAAACACGAGCGUGAGCGAUCUACGCUUCUAUAUAUAUUUUUUCGGUGUACGAUGAGAGUGACUUCCGACGGUUUGUAGUUAUUUGUCGAGAGAGAAGAUGGAUUCUUAUUAAGUUAUUUUCAGUUCGCCUCUUUGUGAGCUUUUCCUCAUCUCGUUUCCUCCCUUUUCUUAUACUGUUUCUUCUUGUUCUCGUUCUUCUUCAUUUUCCUCAUUGACUCACUUCGUCCCUCACAAACGUGAUACACUGCGUAAUCAUCCUUCGAUCCGUGAUCGAUAUCUUCGGAAAACACUUUCGUUGCACUGCGCGCUCCCGACGAGGCAUCCGGUCCAACGUGUCGCGAUUAAAAGAAUGCGGCGGCGUGUAAGUGAGUGCUGAAUAAGAAUUUCGAUUUUUACGUUUCGCAAAAUGCGUUAUACAAAGAGAUGCAAAAUAUUAUAAAUAUUAUACAUAAUUAUUAAUAAUAUAUACAUAUAGAUACCACACACACACACACACACACACACACAUACACGUACACACACACACACACACAAUCUUUAUUAUAAUAUAUCUCUAUUGUAUUUUCUAAGAUGUACAUCUAUUCAUCUCGUGCUCAUUAAUAUUUAAGGAUAAAGACUAUUUAAAUAAUAUCUCUAAUCUUUCACUAUAGUCAUUAUAUAAACGAAUAAAUAACUUCAGUAAUGUUAAUAUAUAUGUAUAAAUAUAUUAUACACGUUAAAGAGAUUCUAAAAUUACUCUUGAAACUCUUUUCUCGCGAUUAUACUAAAAUGAAAAAAUUUUAUUCUUUAACAAGAUAUAAGAAAAGAGAGAGACACCUUGACAGAAGCUUGGGAUGCACAGGCAGUAAAGAGUAGUUAUAAACGUUCGUUGAAAACGAAAUCUACGUUACAGCAAAUAGCAUGUAGAGAACUGCCAAUACUAUUUCAUUGAAUUCGAGUGACGGCAGUUGAGACACAAUUAAUUGUACCUUAUUACAAAUGAAGAAAGCAAUAAACAUGAGAAAAUAUUGCGACUAAAUUUGCACAACUCGAAAGAUCGUAAAAGUGGCACGAUUUUCGAACAAAAUUUUGAUCGAAGAUAAUUUGACGAUUAUUACGAAACGAGUAACACCCGAGUUGUGUCGAUUUGUCAGAACACGAGCGGUAUCAAAGCAAUUGCAAUUGAUAACAAUGCGCGUACUCGUUGAAUUGAACAAAAGGAUUAAAAAUUCCUUGUGCCGGAAAUUGUUCAAAUAAUAAUAUCUCGUUCUGUUUUAUCAAGUUGAAAUUUCUUCUAAUAGUUCGUACGCGUUUCCUGGAGAAAUUUCGCCAAUAUCAUCUCAUUUUUAUUCUUUAUUUGAUUACAAAAUCACUACUCUGUAAGAAACACACAAAUCACAUUCAGUUGUUUCGUCUUGAUUUAGUUCGUUUAGUUAAUCUUACGAAAGCGUGAUUAACGUAACAGAUUUCUUCACGUCGUUAUAAUUAACUCUUGUACGAUGUAACGUCGGUGCGAACGUUUACAUAUGCGCAUUUUGCAGCGCAUUAUUGUUAAUAAAAGAAUCAAAAUCAUAUAGGGAAUACGUGUUGUCGUUCUAGAAUUUAGAUAUGUUUUAAAUCAGCAUAGAAACGUCUAGCUUUUUAUAACGAUUCCAUUAUUUGAUAUAAAAUGAUAGAUUGUACGAAUUAUAAUCGCAAAAUUGCGAAAGAUCGCGCGCCAACGAUUCUCGUUAUAAUCACGAUUACAUCAUAUAACGUAAACCAUUUCGAGAUCGACGUUGCAUUGCCUAGGAGUACAGAAUAAAUAUUUACCGACCAGGGACAUAAAAAAACACGAGUAUAUUGCGACAAGUAGAGAAUUGAAAGAUGCUAGAAUUAGGGAAAGGGAAAAAAGACAAAGUGUCUAAUUACUAUUAUGUACCUGUCUCAUGAGUGUUCGCGCAAUAAUAAUUUAUCACUUUACUCAAACUAUGGGUGUUAUGAAUUAUUUUAUCCAUUUGCAAUCCUAAUGGAAUAUACAUUUAAUAUACAUAUACAUUUAAAACAGAAACACGUGUUACACAUUUAUAUUAUAUUACGUCAUAUUUGCUGUACGUAUUUUAAUUUACAGCAACAAAGUGCUUUCGUGCUGCGAACACUCACGAGGUAAAAUCAGAGCGAGAUUAAAUCUACAUCUGCUUGUUCUCUGCUGCGCCAGUUGAGUUGCUCUGUCCAGAGGCAACAUUUGCUCACUGCGUUAAAUGGUCCACUUUCACGAAUUCUAUACGACACUGCUCUCCACACUAGGUCCAAGGAAUACGAAAACGUCGUAAGGGAUAUGUAAAAGCACCUGAAAAGCAUUUAAGAAAUCCUUAAAAGACACUCUAGAUAUAUGCUAAGUAUAUUCUUAUAUCCCAGAAGAUAUAUAUCCCAAUUCACUGAAGACAGUAAUCCAUUCUUUAGAAAACUUUAGCGCUUUUUCGCGAUCAAGAGCCGAGGAGUUCAACUGCGCGUAACGUGCGAAGAUAUCGCCGCGAGGAACACGUUUGGAACUUUCGUUUGUACCGACUUGAGUACUUUAUAGGGGGAAAAAAAACCGGUUGUGAGAGAAGGAGAUAGAGAGUACUAGCGUAACUCUUUGAUUGAAUGCGUGCCUCGAUCACGCUUGAAACUCCACUUUUCUCGAGAGCGUGUCUACGUUCCCUAUUCCUGAAGAACUUUUCUCGUUUCCGUCUGAUCGCAUCUUCACGUUCUGAUAUCCGCGUGUCUGAUACGAUCACGAGAUAUAUAUAUAUAUAUAUACGAAAGAAACAUGCACCGAAGCGCGAAAGCUUGCCAGUCUCCUUUUCCUUCCUCUUCAAUCUUUCAAUCUCCUCUCGCGAAGCGAUCCAUUUCUUUCCACCAUCAAGAAGUUAGUACGAUAGCUCGUCGUUUCACGGAAAGUAGCAUGCAUGAAACGCACAAAAAAAGAUUUUUUUAAAUAUAUAUAUAAGCGCGAGAGAAGAUUACGUUCGUCAAAAGAGAGAGAAAGAGAAAGAAAGAGAGAGAUACGGAUAUAUUAUCGAUGACACUUGCUGCUCUCGUGUUUUUGUCGUGAUAUUUCUUCCUAAAUGUAAGGUAUGCAAAGUUAAGCGUUAAAAAAUAUGAACUGUUGAAGAAAAUAGUUUCUCAUACUAUCAGCAUGGCAGAUUCGAGAAUGAUGCAAUAAUCGUUAAUCGUACGAAGGAAAGGAAAUUAUAAUUCUCUACCGCAAUGUUCUCACUCUACCUAUCUUGAUUUCUCUCUUGCCUAAGGGUCAUAGCGUUCUCGACUACUUAGAGUUUCUCCUCUCCUAGGAUUACAAUGAUAUUGCGAGCUAAUCGGAGAUUUAUCGGCAGGACUCUAUGUAACGCUACUUCUCUAACAAAUAUCGCCGAUCUUCACAAAAAGACCUAUGCCUUAAAACUUUCUCUGCAUCUUCUUGCCAACAUGUUCUAGUGUCUACUACGAUAACGGUCGUUGGAGGCGCAUAGCUCACGGGUCAAUUGAUGCUAUUCUCUUUGUCAGAAGUUGAAGAAAUCGAAGCGCAGAUUACGCAUCUCGCAUGCACUUGCGAUGAUAUGUUAGAGAUGAUUAUAAGUCACGGUGUAUGAAUGACUUUUUAAUUUAUUCUCUAUUUCUUCUCUCUUAAUUUAUUCCUCUUAUAUUGAUUAUAUGCGCGCUGUAGCUAUUUAGUGGAAAUAUGUAAACGCUGAAAAACACUUCGCAUUAAAAUCUUUUAAUAUUUUUCUUUUUUUUCUUUUCUUCACAAUUCUUCAUCAUCAGGCCAAGUCCAAAUUCCCGUAGAUUUUAUUUUAUUAAAUUGCAAAUCGAAUUGUGGUUUCUUCUAUUCAAUUGCCAGUUCCUAUUAUCACCUUUUACAAUUGCCUUUAAAUCCCAGAUUCAUUCGCCGUGCUAAUGAGACUUCGCUUCACAUUUACUCCGUAAUCACUUCACGUUCGUCUGAGACGAGUUCUGAAAAUCGCUUUGCGAGCUACGCGACUCGAGAGUCCGAUAAGAAACAUGAAAGUUGUUUAUGGAAGUCCGUAAUUAGAGUAUAUUACACAAAUUUCGAGCCAGUGCCCGAUGUUUUUUCUCGUAGGUGUAACACAGAAACAUUGACGUUCUACGAUAGACUCUUCCUUGUGCGUAAAUUCACCUAUUUUCGAUUCGUAUGUUUUUUCACGAUUUUAAUAACGUCUCGAUGUGUCUUGCAAUCUCGACCACUGUUACCACGAAAAUAAUCGCUGUAUCUCUCCAUGAUGUUCCCCUCUAUAUUCCAGAGCAGAUAUAAUUACUGACAUUUAAACGUAUUCAUCUUUCUGGACGCUGUAACUCCCUAAAUAUUCCUUCUGUACCUCUACGAUAAUGUAAUUUAUUGUUACUUUGAUAUGUGGUUCUAUCGAUGCUAAGUGUACGAAAUACGUGUUUUAUCUCGCAUAUAUUGUGUUUGUCCCGGAUAAUUAUUUGCCAGGCUUUCGCAAAACCGCGUCCGAGGCUGCGCCUUCCAACGCGUGGACGUUGGAUAUUCGUAUCUGCCGAUCCGUGGUGUUCCUUAGAACGAACAUCGGGUGUGUGGACAAAAAAUUCCGUGUGGAAGAAAAAUGCCACAAAGCUCCCCUUGAACGCGCGGUCGUUAACGCGGCAGAUGCGAAAGCUGCCCAGCAAAGUUUUGUACCGUGUAGCAAUAUCACUCGACCUGCAGAUAAUCAUCACUACUUGUUAACUUACUCUCGGAGGAUACGAUUAAUCAAUUAAUUUAUUAUAUAUCUUUCCCCCCUUUUCUUCGAAGAACACGCGAUGCGGUGUACCGUAUGUGAUAUACAUGCUGACGUCGUACAAAUCGAGGAAAACACGAAAAUCAAAGCGCACUCUCCCGUUUCCUUGCGUUCUGGUACUGACAGUGGAACACCGGUAAGAUAUAUUAAUGUUGUGUAUAUUGAUGAUCGUGAGGUGUUACAAAAGUUUUAUUUGCUUUACGCCUUAUACAUAUUUACUGUAAGUUAUAAUUAUUACUAGUUGUUCAUUAUAAAUAAGAACGAAUCACUUGUGUAUCAGUUAAAUUGCUACAUUAAAGUGUUGAUAUUAUACUCGU